UUAUCUUGUUGGACUUGGGAGAGAGAUAACAGAGUCAAUCAGAGGGAGAAGCACGGCGAGAGCGUGCUCGUCGUGGGUACCCCUCUCCGUCAACCGGAGCGCGUGAUCGAUCGAGCUGCCGUUUCCAUUCCUAAACCCCAAUCCAAUCUUGUACUUCCGAUCGAGCCGCAAACGCGGCAGCAGGAGGAAGGCCGGCGCCGGCGCGGACUGAUGGCGAUGGGAGCGGCGGUUCGCGCGGCGGCCGCGGACGCCGUGGUGACGUUCCUGUGGGUGCUGUGCGCCUCCGCGCUCGGCGCUUCCACGGCGGCCGUCACGUCGUGCCUGGGGGUGCAGGAGGGCGCCGGCGGCCACUACGCGCUCCUCGUCACCGCGUCCCUCCUCGCGGUGCUCCUCUUCGCCUUCGACCGCCUCUGCGGCGCGCUCGGCGGCGCCAGCUUCAACCCCACCGACUUCGCCGCUUCCUAUGCCGCCGGACUCGACAGCCCCUCCCUCUUCUCCGUCGCGCUCCGCUUCCCGGCGCAGGCCGCCGGCGCUGUGGGCGGCGCCCUGGCGAUAUCGGAGCUGAUGCCGGCGCAGUACAAGCACACGCUCGCGGGCCCCUCGCUCAAGGUGGAUCCCCACACAGGCGCCCUUGCGGAAGGGGUGCUCACUUUCGUCGUCACCCUGGCCGUGCUCUGCGUCAUCGUCAAGGGCCCCCGCAACGCCAUCCUCAGGAUCUUGUUGAUCUCAGUCUCCAUUGUCUCCCUCAUCGUCGCAGGCGCAGAGUACACCGGACCGUCCAUGAACCCAGCUAAUGCAUUUGGCUGGGCAUAUGUUAACAAUUGGCACAACACAUGGGAGCAGCUUUAUGUGUACUGGAUAUGCCCCUUUAUUGGGGCCUUGCUUGCUGGAUGGAUUUUUAGGGCGGUGUUCCUACCACCGGCACCUAAGCCCAAGACCAAGAAAGCAUGACAACAAUUCAAGCUUGUAUUGUAUUCAUAUACAGUCAUCAAUCGGUUGUGGAUGCUGGUUUUGAAGAAAUCAGCAAACAGAGGAAGGUCAAAUAAGCUCCUGUGUUGUAUUUGAUUUCCUCAACUUCCCACAAAUUGGGUGUUGUCCUAUGUUACUUAUUUCUCAUCAAUCAAUAAUGUAUGUGUACUUAUAAUUUUGGGCCAGUAAAGAUGUAUUUCUAGUUCUUUA